AAAUUUGUUCACGCAUGCAGCAAUAUUUUGAUUGUCUAUCGAGCUUGCGAGUUGGUUAUUGCGUGGAAAAAUCUUGUCCUAUAUAGUUUUUGUUUGCCUCGACUUGACAUAUGCUGUUGUGGUGACCCUGCCCUAGUUGGCGAAGCUAAUAAAAACAAAAAACGAUGCUGUUGUACAACAAACCAAGCUCAUACCAAACAUUCCAACGUGAUGGGAAAUAUCAAAUCUGAAAAAAUCUCUAUAUACUAUUGUCUAUAAGCAUAUUGAUUGUACAAUCAUUUUAAAUUAUUAAAUUUGCAUGACUAUAGCAUAUACGUUCGUUUACAUGCUUAGGUGCAAUUAUAAUGAAGAGAAAUUAUUUUAUGGCAUACUUGGUCUGUUGGGUAAGAAAUACGUGUGGUACUGAUGUUUGAUUAACCAGUGUAAAUAUAUCGGCGUCAUGAUUUUGGGUUCUUUUACUAUUUGACAAUUUGUUAGCAUAUUUAAGUUCAUGGCAAUAUCCUGUCCGACACUUACAAAGUUCUUUCAGUCGGGUGUAGCAUUUCAUAGAAUUAAACAAUAGACUGCUAAUUUAUUUACCCUCCUGCUGUCUAGAAUAUAGUUAUAACGUACAUAAACGCGCAUGGUUAUCACGCAUUAUUGUCAUAUUGAUGCAGUAAUGACUAUGGCAACAACACUUGCCAAUGUUUGGAGAUACCGUUUUCAUAGCCUAAAUGAAUCUGAUCGCAAUGAUAUACUAGAUGGGAAUGAAUUCUUCGUUCAGUACAUUGGAUGUACCGCCAUCACCGAAGAUUACGAAAUGGCAUCUGAUACACAAAUAGAAUAUUUCUUCAAUUGUGUUGUCAGUAAAUACCGAGAGAGCGACGAGAGGUUGCUGUUUAAAUUGAUGGUGAAUAGAAAUGGUGUUAUGAUUUGCGAUAGUGAGAGCAACAUACAGCAUAGUUUCGAGGCAUAUAACAUCAGUCAUGUUACAACAACAAACACUUGGAGGUACUCGAAAUAUUUAAUCAUUGUAGCAAGGACAAGACAAGACAAGAAUCUGAAAGGACAUGUUUUACUUUGUAAAAACAAAUGCAACGCACGACGUAUUUGUCAGACAUUCACUGAGAUGUUCAAAAUGGCCAGGCCGAUUACUGUAGCGACAAAUAACGAGGACAUGUUCACCAAAGCCGGCGAAGUUAAAACGCAAAACCAAGCUCAGAAUUGUGAUGUAUUCGAAACCGGAACCCGAAGCACUUGUGACCUCAAAGCUGGAUUUCCCACAAGCGAUUUAAAUAAACACACUCAAUGUCGGGUGAAAAAACAUAACCCGUUAAAUGACCAUCAAGCUGAUGAGAAAUGGUUAGAUGAUGGUUUCACAGAAUUGGCAAAAUCAAGAUCAAGUUCCAGUCACAGUUCAGAUUCUAGCGCUGUCACACCACCAUUAUCUGGCUCAUUUAUCAAUGACGACACCCCGCCGUAUCAGCUCGAUGAUUCCAUAUUUCAUUAAGAGAUUACAUCGUGUUAUAAAUCAAACAGCUUGUGUAUGUAAGAACGCAUUACCUAUAUAUCACUUGUUACUUAGAGACUAGUUUACUUAGAGACUGGUUUAAUUACUUAGAGACUGGGCCAUUCAAACGGCGGUGUUGAAAUUUCAGCCUUUUGUUGCUCAGUCAUGAAAUAUGGAAGGUUAAACAUGCACAUGUUUUAUCCAAUGGUGUUAAAUCCAUGAAUUGUUUGGUAAACGUUUGGUAAUGUUCACUGACCGAUAACUUUGAACCUGGUUUAAGUUUUUCAAAUAUUUAGAAGCGCUAUAACAUUUUGAUUUAUUUUGAUUAUUAAAAUUUCCUUUCAUUGACUGUUUUAUUAACUUUCAGAAACUCGCGCCGCGUUGUCGAAUCGCGUAUUCGCGUCCGGUGUGUCUCGGCCUUAAGAAGUAGGAAACUUUAUGCUAGUUGUCAUGAUUCUCAACACCUAUAUACAGUUACCUUGUUUCAUGCUCGAAAUUAUAUUUUCAAGCCUUUCUAUAAAUUUAUAUGGCAUACAGUUAAAGUAUUAAACCGUUCUGAGAAUCCACCAUGUGGUUAGCUCCCUAUUUUUCGCACGCUCACAAGUUGAAUAAAACAUCGUAUAUUAUGUGGUAAAGCUGAAACCUGCAACGGAAUCAACACAUAUCUUUUUUGUAUUCAAAAAGAAUAUAGCUAUACGGGCUGGAUUGUAUGAGCACAGUUUAUUUUAAGUUGUUAAAAACUUUAAAUUUGCAUGUUAUUUACAGAAUGUAGCAGAUACAGUAAAACCAAAAUAUUUAAUUCACCAAUAAUAUUUAUAAAUGGGGGUUUCACCAUGCCGCCAGCAGGUGCUGGUGCGCCCCCCCCCCCGCCCUUCUCUCACCCUGCCCCUAGCAUCUGCUACGGUCAAGUGGCAGCAUCUUCAUAAUAUAUGACAGUCUGCUAUUGUCAUCAAUCAAUAAGAUUCAAUUUUCUUGUUCCUGCAAGUGAGCAUAUUUAUGGAUAGAAAGUUGGGAAGGGUAGAAGUUGUAAUAAAUUAAAAGAACUGUUAGAACAAUACAACUUGUAUUUAACCUAUGCUGUUGUUUAUACCGUGUAUAGUGUACAUAAAGUUAUUAUUUAAUAAAUUAAUUAAUCAAGUAAAUAGAUACUUUACUGUAGAAUCUGGCUGACCAACAUAUAUAAGCGGUCGGUGAAUGUCCACGUGCGCAAUGACUGACAUUUUUAACCCUACUCCUAAUCCUGACCCCUAACCCAUUCCGCACUCAUUCCGCCUGCCAUUUCGCACGAUCUUUCCGCCUUUUAUACUCAUUAGCCUAUUUACGGUGGACACAAAUCCGGCUGACCCAUGCUGUUUGUUAAUUAUACGUCUCAGCCCAAGCAUAAUAACCAGUCUAUUAUUGCAUGC